GUUUGGUCGGCGGAGGCAGUGGGCGGUGUGGAAGAUGCCCGCAUAGGCUGCGCAGUCGUCAUGCCGGCCUUUCGUGGCCGACGAUGCCGAACCGCCGACCGGCACAGCUCUAGUAUGCCAUGAGCGAGGACUUGGAGGCUGCCCUGCCGCCUACAGACGCAGAGGGCCAGAACUGCAUCAGCUACGGAAACCCGUUGCCAUCGCGCUACUCCAAGAUCUCGGAACGCAUUCGACGCAGCGCACCAGGGGAGUUCCAGUGUCAGGUGUUCUGCGGCGGCGCCCAGUGCAAGUACGAGGCGGGCGCCGAUUGGCCGGCACAGGACUGCGCCAUUACCGGGCUCUACUCUCAUUGGAUCACGGACGACAUUCUAGCGAUGGCGAGGCCAAACACAGAAGCCAUCUUGCGCUACAACAUCAUUCAACAGUUCCAUGACAACGGCAUUAGGUCCGUCUUCAACCUGCAGCUGCCGGGGGAGCACGCCCACUGCGGUAACCCUCUCGAGAGCGGAGGCUUCUCAUACGACCCGCAAGACUUCAUGGACAAUGGAGUCUUCUUCUACAACUUCGGAUGGCGUGACUACGGCACCCCAAGCAGCCUGGCACUGCUAGACAUGGUAAAGGUGAUGUCGUUUGCCCUCACCGAGGGCAAGGUGGCCGUCCACUGCCACGCGGGACUCGGCCGGACGGGCGUAUUGGUGGCCAGCUACCUGGUGUUCGCGUUGCGGUGUCGGCCCAACGACGCCGUGCGCUUCGUUCGACUCAAGCGUCGCGGUUCGGUGCAGACGCAGAGCCAGAUCGACUGCGUCCAGAAGUUCGCGCAGUUCGUGCUGCCGCUGCUUGUCGUCUACCCCAUCGUGCCUACCAAGGCUACAGAUUUCACCCUCAUUCAGUACCUGGCCAAACAGCGAAAAGUCAUGCAUGGCACGGAGGCGAGACACUUGAGAUACAUUCCAAAGAUCCUGUACGUACUAUGCGAGAGGCUGCUCAGGCUUAGUCAGUCCAAGGGAACGCUAGGCACAAGCAGCGUGAAGAGCUCCUCAAGUAGCAGCAUCAGCAGCCGGAGGAAUCAACUGGCUGCCCUGGCGAAGACAACUCCACGUGUCGAAACGUCGGCUCCAGCGACAUUCCCUGCUAAACGAUCUUUCCAUCACUACAACCCUCCUACAUCUUCCCCGGAACUUCGGUCUUCUCUGAAUAUCUCACUCCUCGUGAUUCAACGUUACAGCACAACGGCCGGUUCCACGUCCAGCACCGGAAGCACGGUGCGCUGUCCGAGCUUCGAGCUGACCGAGCUGGACCCUUUCUGGAACUACUUCCUCUCUUCCUCCGUGAGCCACGACCGAUGGCGACCCACGGCGCUGAGCGAGCGCGGCGACUCGGCGGCCACCAGCGGCUCCUCCGUGACCACGAGCGUGGAGGACAUUCUCUCGCCGUCUCCCGACGACGACGACGAUGAGGACGAAGAACCAUCGGACACCGACGCGGUCCUGGACUCCCUCCUGAUCGCCGGACUCGCCGGCCUCUUCGCGUCGACGCCCAACAGCCCGGAGUUCAGCAGUUACGAGGACGAAGAGUUCGAGGCCAGCGAAGCCGGCGGCAGCAGUCAGGACGAUGAGACCCUGACCGAGAACGCCUGCUUCAAGGAGCUGUCGUCGCAGAAGGAACUGCGGGCACGUCGUGAGGAUGAGGCCGCCUGCUCGUCGGUGGCCCUGUCUCCUUCGGACAUAGCCUCGGCGCUGCUCCUGGAGCACAAGCUGCUGGGAGCCGUGUACCUGGCUCGGCUGCGGAAGUACCAGCGCGAGCUGAACACCAGGGGUGCCGCGUGGGAUAAAGUGAACGUCGAAGAGGACCCAGUGAUACUGGCCGGACUUCUCUGGUACUGGCUAGAUGAACUGAAGGAGCCGGUGCUCAGCAAACAGGACCUGACAGCUGUCGUCGUGCGGCCGACGAACCCUGUCGCCGUUCUUCAGAAGCUGAACAAGGCAACCCGCUUCACGACCGAGUACCUGGUUAGGUUCGUGGCGCGUCUGAACCUGCCCACUCCCACCGAAAGGCGUAACGUUAUACGGCGACUGACGAGCGCCCUCUGCCACCAGACGCUGUCCAUCGACGGCAUCCAGCGGCCGGCUGUGGCCGGCUGGGCCAAGAUGCGCCAGGGCACGGCGGCGCGGGCCACCGAGUUCAUGGAGGUGCUGCACGACGCCGUGAGUGCGGACGCGGCGCCCUCGGUCAGCCAGCGAGACGGCACGCAGAAGCAUAACGGGACUGCCCUCACCAACGGUGCUUCCACUUCGAGGGACAAGAACUUUCGCGGUAUCAACAUCAUGGCGUCGGCCAUCGCCAGGUAGCGACAGACAGAGAGCUGCACAGUUCGGUGUACGAUUGGCCGAGAUGGGCC